UCUGUGAGUGCGCUUUGGCAAAGUUUCAGUGCUGAGGAUGCAGAGCAGCUAGUCGGGUGUUCAGAGUCUGUGAGCUGUGAAUUUUGAUAUUUUAACACUAGUUUAAAACUGUAAUGAUCAUCUUAGAUUUUCUGUUUAAAAGCUAAAGAGAAAAUGACGAACAAAGACGGCGAUAAAAGCCUGAAGACUGCACUCCGCAGCCAGAAACAAGCCAGGGCGCACCAGGAGAAGAAAGAUCCAUCCUCCAAUGAUGGCUCCUAUGCAAAGGAGGCACAAUUCACGGGUCAGUGCGACCCUGUGAAGGAGGUAAAAACUGCGGGACCGCAGGAAAAGAGAGCAGGGAAAGUGUCAUCAGGUGUCAGCUCCGAGUGCCAGAGGAGCCCCGACGCACAGAGGAAACUCUCCGACGCCAGCAACGCUUCAGAGGAUUUGAGCAAAGACUCCGGCUGCCUGUCGGGGAAACUGUCCUCCUCGGACAGCAGCUCGGAAAUCUCUGACUGCCCGUCGGACGGUAACAAGCACGACUCUGACUUAAGCUGGAUAGACGGCAAAGCUUACGUGACCCCGGAUAGCGAGGGCGCAGGCGACGGCAAACCGUGCGCAAAAGCGGCGAGAGAUAUCUGCGUUCUCCAGGCGGAGGCUGCCGCAGGGGGCUUUAGUUUGUUCAACUCCUCGGGGGCGUUUAUGAAUCUUAUGAUGGGGGAAACAACCGAAGACCUGGUCAGGGAAUUGGAAGAUCUGAGAUCAGAGAACGAGUAUUUGAAAGAUGAGGUGGAGGAGCUGCGCUGUGAGAUGCUGGAAAUGCGCGACAUGUUCCAGGAGGAGGAGAUUUACCAGCUGCAGGAGCUGCGGCUGCAGCUGGAGCAGGCCAACAAGACGUGUCGCAUCCUGCAGUACCGCCUCCGCAAGGCCGAGCGCCGCAGCAUCCGAGUGGCUCAGACCGGACAGGUGGACGGGGAGCUGGUCCGGAGCCUGGAGCACGACAUCAAGGUCGCAAAGAGCGUGUCACUCCGCCUGUACAACGAGCUAGAGGCGGUGCAGAAGAAGAACUCCCACUUGGAGUGGGAAAACGAGGUGCUGCGUGAAAAGACUCAGGAACUGGAAGUGGCCAAGCAGGUCUUACAGACUGAGCUGGAUAAAACCAGAGAGAGCUCUUUGAAGAAGAAAAGCAUCAGAUCGACGGCCAGCAGGGCAGAGAAGAGGCUCUCUCAGCAGAUUGAGGAUGACAGCGCCGAUCUCAAGUGCCAACUCCACUUUGCCAAAGAGGAAUUAGCUCUCAUGUGCAAGAAGCUCACCAAAUUGGUAUCAGAGAGUGAGGUGAUGCGCGAGGAGCUGGCCAAAUACCGCUCAGCCUACGGUGACGUGGACGCCGCCCAAUCACCUGAAGGCAAGCAAAGCUACGCCCACGCCAGGGAGGCGGAGGUCAAAGUUCAUCUUAAACUGGUGGAAGAGGAGGCCACACUUCUGAGCCGGCGCAUCGUUGAACUGGAGGUGGAGAACCGUGGUCUGCGAGCAGAAAUGAGCGACCUCAGGGAGAAAAUUGGGGGUGGAGGAGGAGGAGGAGGAGGAGGGGAAGAGCCGGAUGAAGAGAAUCGGGAUGUUUCGGAGGGAAAUAUGACAGCGAGUGUUGCGAUGAAGGACACAGAUGGAAAGGAGAAAAGCAUAAAAAUGGGACCCGUGAUGUACGAGCUGGGUCAGGAUGAAGGGUCAGAGAAAAGAAAAGGCGAUGAGGAGACUGAAAGGAUGAUCACUCGAGAGGGUCCUGUGGGAGGCGAGUGGGAUCCCUCAGACAGUCAAGAGAGUGAUGACAACAAAAAACUCCAAGAGAUGACUUUGAAGGACUACGAAGCUCUGCUUGCUCUCAGAGACCAUGCCUGCAUUUUGAGUUCAGCCAUACAGCUCCUGAUUACAUCACCCAAAAAUGGCCACAGCUCGUCUCCCUCGCGCACGUUCGCCUCGCCAAUAGACUGUAACGGAAAGGCACAGAAGAUUUCUCUGAAUGAGGCUUUGGAACUUUUAGAGGCGAUGCUGUUGGCUUUCAUCGGGCGGGUGGAGAUGCUUCUAACAGCCAAAGAUACACAGUUAAACUCAGUUAAGAAGGUCUGGGACUCCUACAGUUUCCCUUUCCUCUGUGGAAAUCCUGACGUGGAGUCAGAGAGUAAGCAGGAGUGUGGAGAGCCGAAGAAGACAGAAAAACAAACGAGGAAAGCACCUUCUGUUCAAUGGGGCCUCGGUGAGAAGUGCAGGGAUCCAAGAACGCAGCUUUCAUUGCAGAUUCUUUGGAUCCUCCAUCAGUGGUGUCAAGUCAAAGGACCUGACAUGGAAGGAAAACAGGAUAGAGAGAAAGCAAUGUCAGUGCUGAAAGGAUUGUUGCAAGACCUCGCUGCAGAGCUUCAGGAUGAGCGGAUUGAAUGUGACAGUAAGGCCAAGGCCACGCCGGGCAAGCCAGCUGAGCGUCGUGUUGGGGGUGUUUUUCAAUGUGGUCGACACCGUGAAGCUGACAGCUCGACAGGAAAAAGACUCAGACGGCAGUUUCCUCCGUGCAGCUCUCAGAGGAAGAACUGGUGCUAUCUGAGCCAAGAGGCUGCCCAGCUUGACCGAGAGGACCCAGUUAAGACGUGGGACCAUCUAAUCAUGCCGCUUAGCUUCCCUGAUCUUGACUUUGAGCAGAUGUCCUUGAACAGAAGCCAUACUGCUCCAGAGAAGUCUACCGUCCGCAUCUACUACAGCCCCCCGUCAGCCCGCAGAGUCCAGCUGGCUCAGCUGAAGCAAAGCCCAGACAGAGGAUCCGUGGACACGCCCUCUCCCUGGUGCACGCCGCCAACCUCCUUCUCACAGCUCUGUCUGGGCUCAUCUGCCAAUCUGAGCGAUGACAUGAAGGAAAUGACAGCCGGCUGGAGGCAGAAGCGUCAAGACAGCCCACAGGAAAAGAGAGAAAGAUUAGCAGGCCGGGGAUGGGUGGAUGUGUCCUGCUCCGGUACUCAGACCCAUAUGAAACCACAGAUGGUGAGUGUUGGUCAGCAGACAGAUGCGACUCAAGGGUUGAGCACCACGAGAAGCAGUCCUUCUCGGGCCCUGAACUCCCCUCUGGUCUCUGCCCGCUCUCACCACAUCUCUGCCUCACUGGAGGGCAUAACAGGCCGAGGGGAGAGGUCCAGACACUCCACCUCCUCACCUAAACUGUACCGAAGACAGUCUCUCCCCUCUCCCUCCAAUCUGAGCUCCCCCUCCUCUGCAUCUACCUCUAGAGAUCGAUCUCUGUGGAACCUGGCACAUCAAAAUCAGUCCGGCCUCGCGUGGACUCGACAAACCAGCUCCCGAGCAGGUGCUGGGCAGAGCCACGGCUCCCUGAGCAACGCCAAGCUGCCCGCCAAGUCCACCGGAGCCAACCGGUACGGCUUGGUGACAGAGUUCCUGCGUAGGGUGAGCGGGCGGGCAGACAAACCAGUGCCGGGGUCAGGGCAGAAAGCUAAAAGUAGCACGAGGAACCUGGAACGCGUUCCAACAAGGCCUCCCGCCGCCCCGCUCAACAGGAACGACAGCGUGACCAGGAUCGUUAACCAGAGGUUCAUGAAGCAGAGAGAGGAGGCCACCAAAGUCCAGAAGGAGGAGAAGGGAAGCAGCCUGAACCAGGGUGUGAAAAAUGGCCUGAGCACCGUCACAGCAGAGGAGAGGAGCUACGAGUGUAGCUCCAGCAGCACGCUCACCUUCUGCUUCGCCCGUCCGUCUCGCUCCACGCAGAAACAAACAUCAAACCCGACCAAACUCCAAAGGCACAGGUACUCGCCUCCGGUCAGAGCAGCUGCAGACUCCACCUGCAGCUGAACAUGAUGGGAAACGGCAGCUUUCACACUGACACCACAGACAAAAUUUAGUUUGUAGGCUCAAAAAUGUAAAUUCAGCUUUUCGUGGGAUGUUUAGGAGAGCUUUGAGAAAACUCAUAGAGCUUUUGGUGCAAUUAAAGUCACUCAUCUUCUUUCACAGAUGGGCUUAACCCUUAAUUCACUUGCUUAUAAUUAAUUUUGUAAUAUCUUUACUGUAUUUUGUAGAUAAUAAUUUUAUGUUAUAUUCAAUAAACAACAAGUUGAUUGUGAUCUUGUGCGUGUGUUGAUUUCACCCUGGUUUCAUUUGAGCUUCAGAAACUGGUUGCCUCUGCAGUAACCGGCUCCUUCAGGGCAGGGCUGCUGGUUGUUACGUCACAUGCUCAAAAAAGAAAACCGCUAAGAUGAUAAUAAGAUUUCCUCGCCUGUCAGGACUAUGACCCAACCUCUGUUCCUUCCUUUAAUUGACACAUUAAAAAAAACUGAACUGAGCUCAUCAAAGAUAACUUAAAAAUAAAAAUGUGUGUUAGCGGCAGCAGGUCUGGCUUUCCUGGAGCAGAUCAGCUGCAACACUUCCUCCUUCAGUUGGCAGCCGGCCAAUGAUGGUGGUGGUCAAGGACAGGGCAGAGGAGGAGGUGCGCAAUCACACGGGGGUCACAUUUCUGCUAACAACAUGUGUUCAUCCUCUGUUACCCACAGUACAUACACAGCAGUGUCGGCUACGUCCCAAAAGAGUUCAGACGUAAUCCACCAGACACAAAAUACUCAAAAACACACACGAAAGAUUUAAAGAAUGCAAAAAACAAAUGGUAGAAUAACUGCAUUUGAGUUUUUAAAUGCAUUUCUUGCUGUGCAAAAAGCAACCCUGCUAAACUCCAAUCGAUUUGUCUAAGAAAUUCUUCAUAUCCUGUCAAUUUGUUUUACCUAAUUUGAUUACUUGCCUAUUUCCUCUGGGAAUUCACAUUGCUUCACUUCACAUUAUGUUCCUGCAGCAGUUUUUAGUGCUUUCUAGCUAACAUUCUGGCUCCAGUGAAUGCAUCUGGAGCAAUUUGAGGGUAAGUGUAUUGCCCAAGGUUACUUUGGCAUGCAGAGUAAGUAGUAGAUGACUUGCUUUACCUUUGAGCCACAGCCAGCCCAACAUCCAAUCUCAUUUACAUUUUACAUUUUUAUCAUAGUCUACAUAUAUUAUACUACAGAUUAUUCUUAGUUACCUAGAUUAAAUGUGAAAGAUAUGUAUUAAGGGUUUUUUUUCUUCCUAUUUGGUUCACAUAUUCCUAAUUUAACAACCUAACAGCAAAUAAAGUGGUAAAAAUUUGCAUGUUGAGUUAAAAUGCUUUAAUCUCACAGCACUUCUGUAUGUGCACUGUGUAACUGCUACCAUUUGUACCUGAAUAAAUGAUGGGAACGCCUCUCCCAGCUUUCCUUCGCCCUCAUUUUGACUUUGUGGUGCAGUACUGAGCCUCACCUGCAGGGGCGCUGCAGCUCAUAGCCCUGUUGUUUUGGCCGGGAUGUGUUCCCUCUUUGCGGACGCUUGUUGUUACCGGAGGCGGACAGGUCUGCAGCUGCAGGUGUUUAGUGUUACUUUAGAUCAGCUGAGGAUGAAGAGUCGGUUAUGCUGAGUGAAUAUGGAGCUCGUUUUUACACGGUUUGACUCGUUUGACUUUGAGGCGGAUCAGCGGUUUGUGGACGGUCUGAAGUCCGUAAACAGAACCGAAACCGACCUGCUGGACCUGAAACUGUUCUUCUACAACAGGUUUGUCGAGCCCAUCGACCGAGCCGGCUACAAACAGUGGAGCUCUUCUUCCGGUAUGAGAGGCUGCCCUGUUGAGCAGCUGGACCAGACGGCGUCGUCACAUUCAGACUCUGAACUCACAGCAGAAACUUCUGAACCCACAGAGACAAAGCAGCUCUCCUUUGCAGAGGUGAUGCAACUGGUUCAGGAGGGAAAGGAGGUUCCCGGAGUGACAAAAGUGGACAUAGAGCCGAGCAACCAGAAUCCCACUCCCUCUACAAUGGAGCGGAUGUUAAAACCCUGGGAAAACGCAUCACCAUCCCCGGAGUGACCUCUGACUCUUUACAGCACUGUGUAGAUAAAACUCAUAAUAAAAAGUAUGAAAGGUUGCAUUGCAAACAGCCUGCUGUUGUUACAACUGCAGAGCAACAGUCAUGUCCCCACAGCAGUCCAACAUAAACAUACGUACAGCUUGUCAUACAAAACAGAUCUACCUGUCCUACACCGUCACCACUAGAACAGAUGGAGUAAAUGACAUCUGUGUCUGUUGGUGUUUUCUUUGGAGAAGCUAAACUUUCAUUUAAUGGAAGUAACUAGAAAUCUGUGGUCUGUGUCAGAAUGAUGGUCUGUGGCUCUGGGAGGAGCCAAAUUUCAUAUACAGUUGUUGUUAAAAGUUUCAUUUGGAGCUUUUAAUGAUUUAUUCGAACUGUCCUUUUUCCAGAGUUGAAUGAUUGUACAGCAAACAUCUUUAAUUACUUCAAAACAAGAUUGGGCGCACGCGUAACUGCAGCAGCUGUGGGUAAAAUACUCUUACAGCACAACUUGACAAUUUUCUAGUUUGCUCCUAUUUUUAAAAACACAAAAAUAAUAAAAGUGGAUUGGUUGGGUGGUUUUGGGUUUGAAUGAACCAGCUGAUCUGCCUGUGCAGGUUCUCACUCAUAGUCCAAGAACCUGCUUAUUGGGUUAACUGGUGACUCUAAUGUGACCAUGACUGGUUGUCUCUGUGAUGGAUUGGUGACCUUUCGAGUGUGUACCCCACCUCUCGUCUCAUGACCUGUUCAGCAGUGCUUAAUUGGAUAAGUGGAGAAGAUGGA